CGCAAAUCUGCUGGACGCUCGGUUGUACAAGCUUUUUUCGGGGGGAGCAGCAUUUCUUCCUCGUGACGACCUUGUAUCUACUUCGUCAUCGGUUUCAGUACCUCCACAACCAGAACCACACAGCAUGCUCACAAAAGUCGUGGACCAUUCUUCGAGCGGUUUAGAAGAUCACACCAACUACGACCACCUCCGUCACAAAACCCUAUCGCACAACCUGGACCUCCCGCAGUACGAUCACCUAGCUUUCUUACAUUUCCUGUUCGAACUCUCUGCCCUGAUCUUCGGGGGCUGCCAAGUGAUUCUGAUGUUCCUGUCCUUCUGGGCCCACGACCUGCCGGUCGACGCCUUGCUGUUACAAAGCUUGCUGCCGGUGGAUGACGAAUUCUGGACCCGGUACGUGGACAAAGCCAGACGCGCCGAGCAACCGCACGCUUCCGUGUUUGGCGCCGAGCAGGAGGAUUUUGACGUUCUUGCCACUUACCAGCCACCCGAUCUCUUGCUGCCGCACCCGCGCGGAACUUCCGCCGUGUCCAGUCCGACCGCGGGGUUUCGGCACCAAAAUUCGAAUUCGUAUCUGCGAGAGCUGCAAGUAAAUAACCCAGCUGUAGCACAGAAUUCCUACUCCGUGGUUUCGGUAUCCCGAGCAGCUGGUGCUGUUCCAAACACAGCAACAGCCGAGCAGGCGGGGGUUGCAAAGUGGACGAUUCUGGUACUUCCUAUAACCGAGAGCACGACAAGCAAUUCCGGCAACGCGGAAAAUCAACAAGAUUCGUCUCCCUACGCGUCGAGUGUGAAAAGCUGGGAAGAGGUGCGGCAAGUUCGGGAGGAGCUGAAGCGCACCUUUGGUACCCACCCAUUUUGGGCCUGUCGGAUACCGUACCUCGCGUCACGCCCAGAACAGUACAGGGGCGAGGAAGCCCGGGCGUUGGAGGAAUGGUUGCGACUAGUUGUGGAGCUCUUUCUGAAUCAAAUGGUGCAGCUGCACUCCUCUAGUACAACGUCCGGAUUGCUGCUGCAGGGACCACCCGGUAGUGCGACCGCCACCCCGGUCUUUCCUAAACCAGGGCAGAGCUUUCGUUUUCACCGAAGUGCUUCUCGCGGCUCCGCUGCAAAUUCCCCCGCAACUUCGAUCACGCCUUUCGACUACAGACUCGGUACGGCUGGGGCUGCUGCUGGUGGCGCAUUUCUCUUGCAAAAAACGCGGUUCCUAUUCGACUUCUUUGGUUUGCCCUUUCCAGAGACAGUAGUUUCCGCCGCAGCGAACGACAUGCAGAGAAUAGAGAAAGUCGACGAAAAUAUCGGGUGGACCUUCGAUAAAAAGGGGAAUCGAACGGGCCUAAGUAUUAACACGGCCUUGUCUCCUCCUCCAGAAUCACCUUUGACUCAGGUCGGCGCGCCCUAUUAUGAAAUCACCAUCCCGCGGUUCGAGCUCGUGCAAAAGGGCGGCUACGUGGCCUACAGCAUUCACAUCAUCGUCCAGGGCGCGGAGCUUCUUUUGGGCGGAGGUUCUUCUUCUGGCGAGAAAACUUCUCUGCAACCGCCAAACAAAGUCACUGUCCACGCGGUCUCGCGACGCUACCGGGAGUUUGCGGCGCUCGAGACGACUCUGCAGUACCAUUUGAUGCGGAUCAGGACCGCGGUCGUACAAAAACUGCCUCCUCUGCCCGCCAAAAUGCGUUCCGUUUUGCGCAAGGACUACUCCUUUUUGCAGCGGCGCCGCGCGGAUCUCGAGCGGUGGCUGCGUAGCGUCGUGACGCAUGCGGAGCUGUGCGACCACGACGCCGUGCGAGAAUUCCUGCUGACAGAAGACCCGGCAGCGACGUUGGUCACUACGGAAGUAGACGAUCACCCAACGUUGAGUUUCGCAGAACAAGAAUUAAUGAUCCCGCGCCUCUGGUCCCCCCUCUCCCGCGGCCACUCCGACACGCCGGUCUUCCAUCUGCCGCGCAGCGCGGUUCUGCGGCGCGGACGCAGUCUGGACGCGUCUCCGAGUUUCACGAAGGAAAUCGAGGGCGCCUCGUUGCCGAGCCCGCGGGGCAGUGGCACAAAUCUGGUCGAUCACGAUUCCUCGGACUCCGUCGGGUCACCCCACCCGUCUGUCAGUGCCUUCGAACACGACCCGACGUCUUCAAAGGACACAAACAAUUUGAUCAAAGACAAUCAGACUGUCGGAGGAGACAAGAUGGCAAGCAAGACCCAGGACAUCAUGGGCGGAAACACCAGGGAGGAGCACACGGAUAAUUCCUUUCCUACAGCUGCUUAUGUGGAAGGUUGGGAACCACGCACGGACAACAUGAACCAGCAGUACUAUUCAUACGGCAUUCGUUUGGAAACUGAUGCCGGCGCAAGUUGGAUGGUGCAUCGACGUUUUCGCGAUUUCGUUCACUUGCUAUCGCAACUCCAGACCCACGCCGGCAGCGAGAUCUGCGAACUGCUGUUACCGCCCUUACCGCCGAAAUACCACGUUUUGGUAGACCCGACGCCCGAACAGAGGGCGCCAGCGCUGGAAAGUUUCCUGCAGCAAGUGCUGUCCAGUGAGAACGCGCUGUACUUUUGUCACUGCGAAGGACUCAAAAACUUUCUGCAGGUGCCGAAAAGAUAGUGAACACGAGCCGCUUUAGUCUCGAUCGAUUCUCACCACUACAAUGACGUCUCCCUUUUAUUCUCGUAGGAGGAAAAGAACUACGUCAACGUCUUGGCAAAUCUAAUGAUAUCGACGCAACGCAUCAGAUUUCGCAUUCUAACAUGGCAGGCACUUCUGGUGCAAAAGAAAGAGAUAGUGCCA